AUGUCCAACCAACCCAUCGCUCAGAUUGCGACACCAGACCCGUGGCUCGUCGCGGCCAACGGCGUCUUCUACCUGACCUUUACCCUGGCCAAUCGCAUCUCCAUAUGGCAGUCACCAAAGAUGGAAGACUUCCACCAGCCCCGUAAGCAGAUCAUCUGGCAGCCACCGGAGGGCGCGCCCUGGUCCAAAGACAUCUGGGCGCCCGAGCUGCACUGGCUAGACGGCAGAUGGUACAUCUACGCGACGGCGACCCGGCCCGGCCUCGGCAACUCGGGGCACCGCACCAUCGUUCUACGCUCCAGCAAUGCCGACCCCAUGGUCGCCUCCGCGUGGGAAUUCCUAGGCCCGGUCAAGGGUCUCCCCGAGCAGUUCAGCAUCGAUGCCACCGUCUUCAGCAUCAACGGUCGUGACCUGUACAUCUGCUGGUCGGGCUGGCCCCCCGGCGAUAACUCGGACACCCAGCAGAACCUGUACCUGACCAAGAUGGUAUCGCCCAUCGAGGCCGUCGACCACAAGCACCUCAAGCCGGCCUGCAUCUCCAAGGCCGACCGGCCGUGGGAGCGCUUCGAGAACAAUCGCAGGGGCAUCAACGAGGGCCCCACCUGGCUCAGCCUGCCCAACGGCGCCUUCACGGGGAUCGUCUACUCCGGCCACGCCAGCUUCACGAGCGAGUACAAGCUCGGCCUGCUGCGGCUCAACUCGCUCCAGGCCGAUCCCAUGGAUCCCAAGUCCUGGACCAAGAGACCCACCCCGCUCCUCGCAAACGACCGGUCCAUGCCUGGCCCCUACGCACCCGGCCACGCCAGCUUCCUGCAGAGCCCGCAGCCUGGCGACAGCCGGGUCUUCUGCAUCUACCACGGCACCGACAACUGGGGAGAAGGCUUCAAGAAUCGCAAGGCCAGGAUCAUGGUCAUGUCACCGGAAGUUUUUGCCCACGACGCCCGUCCCAUGUGCUGUUCCAAUAGGCCCAACACCGGCAUCUGGAACGGCUACCCUGGUAGUUCCUCGAGCGGUGGUGGUCCUGCGCCCCAGGCACAGCAGGGAAACCGCCACUCAGAUCCGAUGCAGAAGAUCAUGGGGAAGCUUAAGAAAUUCCUGUAA